AUGCCUGGGACCACCGUGAGCGACCCGCCGUCGGUCUCUCUGUCGUUUGCGAACAACUUCUGGGGCAAAGACGAUGCUGGUGUUACUCCGCUCCUGGAGCGCAUGCACAGCGCCAAGGUCACUGGCGAUGAGCUGAAGUCCUUCUACACCGCCCGCGCCCACAUCGAAGAGGAAUAUGCCCGCAAACUCCUCAACCUGUCCCGCAAGCCGCUCGGUUCGUCGGAGGCCGGUACUCUGAAAAUGUCCCUCGAUGUUGUUCGCGCCGAGAUCGAGUUGAUGGGCAAGCAGCACCAGCAGAUUGCAGGCCAGAUGAAGUCAGAGCUGGAGGAACAACUGUCGGCGUUCACAGGAGGUCUCAAAGAGCGACGGAAAAUCGUGCAGACUGGCAUCGAGAAGCUCCUGAAGGUCAAGAUGCAGCAGACGUCUGCAGUCAACAAGGCCAGAGACCGGUAUGAGCAGGACUGCCUGAAGAUCAAGGGCUACCUUGCUCAAGGGCACAUGGUCAUGGGCCACGAGGAGCGGAAGAACAAGGCUAAGCUGGAAAAGACCCAAGUGCAAUUGUCUGGAAGCAGCCAGGAGUACGAGCAAGCCGUCAAGAUCCUGGAAGAGACUACUUCCCGGUGGAACAGAGAGUGGAAGAAGGCGUGCGAUAACUUUCAAGAUUUCGAAGAGGAGCGUCUCGACUUCAUGAAGAGCAGCCUGUGGGCUUUUGCCAACAUCGCUUCAACGGUUUGCGUCAGCGAUGAUGCGUCACUUGAGAAGAUACGCCUCUCUCUGGAGGAUUGCGAGGUGGAAAAAGACAUUACAAACUUCAUCCGCGACUGUGGCACUGGCCAGGAAAUCCCGGAUCCGCCCAAGUUUAUCGACUUCUGCCGAGGGGAUGCCGCCGACGAUGCGUCCAUGACUUCUGAGGAUAACAAUUACACAGUCGCUCAGUUUGCUCGUACAAUGAACCCUGCCUUCCGGAGUGCGUCGCCGCAACCAUCACUGUUCGAAUCUCACCAUGAUCCGAACAACCCGCUGGCUAGGGAGCUGGCUCAUAGGGAUGGGAACGUUCCCGCAUCCUCACCCAUUGAUCCGCCACCGUCAGCCAGGACCGACCCACGUGCUAUCGCGCAAGCCAUGCAGGAACAGUACCAAAGCCAGUAUGGCGAAAUCCCUCAAAUUCCCCACAACGCCUAUCCCGCGGAUGGCAUGACUCAAUUCUGCCGCGUAGCUCGUUCCGAGAGGGGUUCCUCGAUUUCGAGCCCCGCCCGUCCAGACAGCCGUGACUCUCGCAGCGACCUCUCGGCGCCGACUUCUUUUACUAGUGCAGAUCCUGCCAGCGGCGCAGCGUCCCCUAUCAAGCAAGCGGAUGAUCCAAUGACCGAGACCACGCCGGUACCACGUGAGAGAGCUGUGUUGAAGAAAAAGAGUGGCUUUUUCCAAGGCGGCAGCCCAUUCAAGAGGAAAAGCAGGGCAGAGGAAAGCGGAUCGCCUGCUAGUACUACCCCUACCGGACGCAACUCAUGGUCAGCGCCAAGUGCUCGCGAAGGCUCACGGCCUCCCUACGGACGCCAAGCUCGCACGCCCAUACUUGGUGGCAAUGACGCAGUUUCCGCCAGCCCAGAACCGGAUGCAGACCCCGUUGAUCCGAGGGCCAACUUCCAGCUCAAUGUCGGAAAGAAUGUUUUCGAUGUUGCGUCUCCUGACAAGAAGCAGAACUCCGCAAAUCCUCCGGCUGAGGAGCAAGACCCAAUAGCUGCUGCCCUGGCAGAAUUGAAAGCACCAUCUAAGCAGACUUCGGUACGCAUGACAGCUGAUCGAUAUGCGGGACUUGCAACUCCAGCUCCUUCUACAUCCGGAGCUGCGCCUCUCGCUAACAGCAACGCUUCUCGUGGAGCGCCACCGCCUUCCUACGAGCAGCCAAUGAGCCGUUUGGGCGCACCCCAGCCUGCUCAUACUGCAAAGCAGAUGCAACAAACAACCCAAAGCUACGUCAAGCAGACACAGAACAUGUUCAAUCCUCGAGCUUCCGGUGGAUCUUCCCGUCCUAGCACCCGUGGCAGUCAGGAUGUUCGUGGAUCCAGUCCAGCUCCAGGUCCGAGAGCCACCAGUCCUCGGCCUGGCUUCAACAACCGGGCUACAUCUCCGAACCCGUACGCUGCCCCUGCUGGAGGCAACAGGCCUCGUGCCCAAUCGACAAGCCCUGUGAAGCCUCGCGAGUGGGGCAGCUGGAACUCUCGGCAAGGUGAUCCUGGCAAUGGACAACGCGCUGUCUCGCCACAGCCUCAAUACAGCCGUCCCGGUACUCGUACAGGCAAUACGUCCCCUGCACCGCACUUUGGUGGCCAAGGUCAACGGCCAGCCAGUAGCGCCGGAGGUGCUAUGGUGCUCGCACCUUCUCCGAGCGAGGGUGGUAGCCAGAGAACUGGGCGGUCCAGCACUCGUCCGAUGAGCUACUACGGUGGAAGUAGCGGCGGCGGCGGCGGCGAGGUUGGCCGUGUCCGCAGCAGGAGUGUUGCCGCAGAUGCUCGCUACACUUCAACUGGGGCUCUCAUCAUGCACUACUCUCGCGCCUUGUACAUGUAUCAAGCCCAGAUUCCCGAAGAACUUACCUUCAACAAGGGGGACGUUCUUGCUAUCACCCGAGAGCAGGACGAUGGUUGGUGGGAAGCCGAGGUUCUCAGCAAGCCUGGGCGCUUGGGCCUGGUCCCCAGCAACUACCUGCAAAACUGUUGA